UGUCACAGGUAGUUAUAAAAUCUCUCCCUCUCCAUCUCUCUCCCUCCGAACCGAACCGGCAUGGACCACCUCCAUCCACACCGGUUCCGCAACCGCAAAUCCAUCCCCGCCGAACGCCUCCUCGGCAUCCCGCCCUACGCGCCACCACUCAACCCCACCGUAACCGUCGAGCUUCUCGAAGACGACGUCGUUUUCAGCGGCGAUUACUGCACCCAGCAAGCAAUCCGCCAAAUCUACAACCCUCCUUCUUCCUCUCCCCCCUCCUCCUCCUCCUCAACUUCCACGUCGGCCACCGCCGCCGCUACUCCCAUCCACCCUCACUCCUUCGGCAUCCUCGCCGCACUCCCCGACCACGAAACUCACCCGCACCUCCGUAGCGUCUCGAAGUCGAAACGCUUCCGUAAAUCCUCCUCCACGCGCGUGAUCCCUUCCAUUCCGAAACAAGCGCCGGCGCGAGACCGGAUCGAGGCGUGGAUAUCCUCGUCGUACUCCGACAUCAGGUUAUACCAAUCGGCGCCGUUGAAUUGCCCGGAGCUACCGGAGGCGGUGCUGAUUGCGCAGAGGAGGCGAUUCGACGAGGAGGAGGAGAAGAAAGAGGAGGCGUUGGAGGAGGAGAGCGACGAGGUGUUUCCGCCGCAUGAAGUGGUGGCGAAGAAUACGGCGAAGAGAUCGGUUAAGGAGCCCGUGGUGGCUUACUCGCUCAUGGAAGGUGCUGGAAGGACGCUCAAAGGGAGGGACAUGCGGCAGGUUCGGAACGCGAUUUUGCGCCAAACAGGUUUCCUUGAUUGAUUGAUUCAUUCAUUCCAUGGAAAUUUUACGAUUUGGCUUUCGUUUUUCCUUUGCUAAAUUGUAUAAUGUGAUUAUGAAUUUGUCAAUAAACUCUUUGAUUUUUUCUAGAA